AGCUCACUGGUAACCAAGUCUAUUCAGUCCAGUUUCUCCUCUACCAAUCCUGGAGGUGCAACCAGGCCUUCAACCACUCCCAGUGGAGAAAGCACACCAUCAACCACUCAGCCUGCCACCCCGACGCCUGGGGCCACUACUGAGGCCAGCACCCCAUCAAUUCCUCCGGCGGGUACCAGUUCACCGGUGACCAUGUCUAUUCAGGGCAUUUCCUCCCCUACUGCUCCUGGAGGCACCACCACAUCCCCAACUGCUCCUGGUGGAGGAAGCACACCAUCAACCACUGAGCCUGCCAGCAGCACACCUGGGGCCACUACCCAGGCCAGCACGCCAACAACCGCUUCUGCGGGCACCAGCUCACUGGUGACCACGUCUACUCAGGCCAGUUUCUCCCCUCCCAUUCCUGGAGGUGCCACCACACCUUCAACCUCACCCGGUGGAGAAAGCAUGCCAUCAACCUCCGAGCCUCUGACCACCACAAGUGGGGCCACUACGGAGGCCAGCACCCCGUCAACCGCUCCUGUUGGCACCAGCUUACCGGUGACCAUGUCUACUCAGGUCAGUUCCUUUCCUACCACUCCUGGAGGGGCCACCACGGUUUCAACUGCUCCCAUUGGAGGAAGCACUCCAUCAACUACCGAGCCUGCCACCACCACACCUGGGGCCACUACUGAGGCGAACACCUUGUCAACAACUCCUCCGGGCACCAGUUCACCGGUGACCACGUCUAUUCAGGGCAUUUCCUCCCCUACUGUUCCUGGAGGCGCCACCACAUCCUCAACUGCUCCUGGUGGAGGAAGCACUCCAUCAACCACUCAGCCUGCCACCAGCACACCUGGGGCCACUACCCAGGCCAGCACGCCAGCAACCGCUCCUGCAGGCACCAGCUCACUGUUGGUUCCGUCUACUCAGGCCAUUUCCUCCCCUAUCAGUCCUGGAGGCGCCACCACGCAUUCAACCUCUCCUGUUGGAGGAAGCACACCAUCAACCACCGAGCCUGCCACUGCCACACCUGGGGUAACUACUGAGUCCAGCACCCUGUCAACCUCUCCUGAGGGUACCAGCUCCCAGGUGACCACGGAUACCCAGGCCAGUUCAUCUUCCAUAACUCUAGAGGGCACUACCAUGCCUCUGUCCACUCUGAGCGAAGGAAGCACUCUCAGCAUCGCCCGUGUGACCAGUUCUGAGGCUCGCACACGUUCAAGCCCUCCUGUUGACACCCGCACACUUGUGACCACUUCUACCGAAGCCAGUUCAUCUCCUACCACUCUGGAGGGCACCACCAUUCCUACUACGAAGGAAUUUACAACUGCAGUGACUACUGCCACUUCCCUCACGUAUGUGACUGUGUCUACUGCCCCCAGCACACCCAGCACAACCAGCAGAGGUUCCACUACCUCUACAUCAACUCUUUCUGCAGCCAGUACGCCUCACACCUCUAUUUCCGUCAUCACCCGUUCUGUGACCCCUCUGUCAGAAUCCAGCUUGUCGUCAGCAAUAUCUUCUCACACCGUCCCACCCGUGUUUCCUCCUGGUCACUCCAGUACACCUUCAACCACGUCUGCCUCCCCAAUGCCUGUGACCACUGCCACUGUCACUACCAUGACCACCAGGACAAAUCCCAGUACACGGAUCACUUCCUCCCCCACGGUGACCACCACCACUGUCCCCAGGACUACUUCCACAAUUAAGAGCACCGCCACCUCAACUCCUGCUGUGCCAACAACCACACCACCGCAGUGCUUCAAUGGAGGAAAGUGGACAGGAGACUCCUGUGAGUGCCUCUCUGGCUAUAACGGAGAUCGGUGCCAGUACUCGGCCGUUGUCUGCAAGAACGGAGGCUCCUGGGAUGGGCUCAAGUGUCAGUGUCUGUCCCCCUACAUUGGGGAGCUCUGUGAGGAGGUGUCCAACAUCCUUGACAUAACGCCACCACAGACAGUCUCCGCCCAAAUGGAAAUGACUGUGACAGUGACCAGUGUGAAGUUCUCCGAUGAGCUGAAUGACCACUCUUCCGAGGAAUUCAAGAAUUUCAACAAGACAUUCACGGAAGAGAUGAACCGUGUGUAUGCCGAUAUCCCUGAGUAUGCCGGGGUGAACAUCACAAAGCUACGGCAUGGCAGUGUGGUGGUGGAGCAUGAGGUCCUCCUAAGAACCAAGUACACACCAGAAUUCGAGACAGUGUUGAACAAUGCCAGCAGGGUUGUGAAAGAAAAAAUCACCAAAGUGACUGAGGAGCAAAUAAUGAUUAAUGAAAAUUGCACAGCCUUGCUGUGUUACAACACCAGUGGUACCCAGGUGCAAAACAUCACGAUGGCCCAGUACGACGCUGAAGCUGAAUGCCGGAAGGCAGCCGGGCCGGACUAUGAAGACUACUUCCUAGUGGAAUACCAGGACCAGCAACCAAAAUGCAUCAGCCCCUGCGAGUCCGGCUACAAGGCCUCCAAGAACUGUAACUUCGGCAAGUGCCAGUUGCUUCGAAGUGGCCCCCGGUGCUACUGCGUGACCACGGAAACUCACUGGUACAGAGGGGAAGCCUGUGACCAGGGCAUCCAGAAGAGUCUGGUGUACUGGCUUGUGGGGGCAGGGUGCGUGCUGGUGCUGAUCAUCCUGAUAGCUCUCCUGAUACUCACUUUCCGCUCCAGGAGAGAGGUGAAACGGCAAAAGUCCAAAUUGUCUCAGCUGUACAAGUGGCAAGAAGAGAAAGGUGAACCAGCUCCUGGAACAUUCCAAAACAUUGGCUUUGACAUCUCCCAAGAAGAAAAUGAUUCCAUCCACCUGGACUCCAUCUACAGUAAUUUCCAGCCCUCCCUGGGCCACAUAGACCCUGAAACAAAGAUCCGAAUUCAGAGGCCUCAGGUGACGAUGACAUCACUUUAAGGCAUGAAGCUGACAAGUCCGGGAGUAAGGAUAUUGCAGUCCAGCCAAGCUUGGUGGAACAUUUGCCCAUAAGGGGACUUCCAUGGGAACUCAGUUGAAACAAGCCCUGUACUUAUCAAGGAGAAAGAGGAGAGAGACAGGAGUGGUGGGAGAUUCUUAAAUAGAAAACCACGGAAGCUCCAACGGGCUUGUCAUGAUAUCAGGCUAGGCUUUCAUGCUCAUUUUUCAAAGAGGUUCCAGAUUUGAGGGUGAUAUGGCUGUAACAUAGGUCACCCCAUUGAUCGCCAAGAUUGAUUUGGCUGAUCUGGCUGGGUAGAUAGGUGUCCCCUUUCUUCCUCGCUGCUCCAUUUGUGUCCCUCCUAAUGCUGCACGCUCAGUUGAAGAGGAUGAGAGGACGACCCUCUCUGAUAGAGGAGGACCAUUCUUCUGUCAAAGGCGUACACGUAUCUGGAUGGACUUCCCUGCUAGAACUUCCAAACAAGCUCAGAGAAGUUCCUCCUCGCGUCUGCACGGGUUCAGCACCACGGACAGCGCCCUCGUCGCGCGGUUCUCAACUGUGACCCCUUCGACACCGGACUGCAUUUUACAUUUCAAAAAAUGCUCUCGUAAGAAUUACUGCAUAUUGUCUCAUGAAAAAAAACUUAUGUUUAAAUAUAUAGCAUUUGCCUUUAGUAUAUAAGAGUAUAGGUAUUUUUUAAAGUUCUUAUUUUUAUGAGUUCUGAUUUUUUCCUUAGUAAAUAUUAUACUAUAUAUUUGUAGAAGCUAAAAAUAAUAAAUCAACUUUAUUAUAAUUUU